UCGCGUGGAGGGAAAGGAGGAGGAGGGGAAAAGGAGGUUGCAUCUUUCUCUCUCUCUCUCUCUGUGUUUUUUUGGGGGGUGAAUUUUACCUUGCGGAGCCGAAGGAUCUUUACAUUCGUCGCCUUGCAGAAGAGGGAGGCGAGAAAAGGCAGGAAAUACACGCAUCGUUUUGCAACUUUGCUCGUAAAGAUCCGCGUCGCUUUCCCCCUUGUGUUGGGUCAGCGGUUGGUUCCCCCCCCUCCCCCGAGAGACGUCUUAUUUAACCGGACAAGAUGAUAGCUGCCCAGCUUCUGGCCUAUUACUUCACGGAAUUAAAAGACGAUCAGGUUAAAAAGAUUGAUAAAUACUUGUAUGCCAUGCGGCUCUCGGAUGAAACUCUGCUGGAUAUUAUGGGUCGCUUUCGGUCGGAAAUGAAAAAUGGGCUGUCUAGGGAUUUUAACCCAACUGCUUCUGUGAAGAUGCUUCCAACAUUUGUAAGGUCUAUUCCUGAUGGCUCAGAGAAGGGAGAUUUCAUUGCCCUGGAUCUUGGGGGAUCUUUCUUUCGCAUUUUACGAGUGAAAGUCUCCCACGAGAAAAAGCAGACAGUGCAAAUGGAAACCGAAAUUUACGAAACACCAGAAGAUAUUAUGCAUGGCAGUGGAACCCGGCUUUUUGAUCAUGUUGCUGAAUGUUUAGGAGAUUUUAUGGAGAAACAAGAAAUCAAGGACAAGAAGUUACCUGUUGGCUUCACAUUUUCUUUUCCAUGUCGGCAAUCCAAGCUUGAUGAGGGAAUUCUGAUAACCUGGACGAAACGUUUCAAAGCUAGUGGCGUUGAAGGAGCUGAUGUAGUAAAGUUACUAAACAAAGCAAUAAAGAAGCGUGGGGAUUAUGAUGCGGACAUUAUGGCAGUUGUCAAUGACACUGUAGGGACAAUGAUGACCUGUGGAUUUGACGACCAGCGUUGUGAAGUUGGCUUGAUUAUUGGUACUGGCACCAACGCUUGUUACAUGGAGGAAAUGCGACACAUUGAUCUUGUGGAAGGCGACGAAGGCCGGAUGUGCAUCAAUACUGAAUGGGGAGCUUUUGGGGAUGAUGGCUUAUUAGAAGACAUCCGGACUGAAUUUGACAGAGAGAUUGAUCGGGGUUCACUUAAUCCUGGGAAGCAACUCUUUGAGAAGAUGGUCAGUGGCAUGUAUAUGGGUGAACUUGUCAGACUUAUCCUUGUGAAAAUGGCCAAAGAAGGUCUGAUUUUUGAGGGGCGAAUUACUCCCGAACUUCUAACCAAAGGAAAAUUAGAAACUAAACAUGUUUCCGCCAUAGAGAAGAGUAAAGAAGGCUUGCAAAAAGCCAAAGAGAUCCUGACCCGACUUGGGGUUGAGCCUUCCCAUGAAGACUGCAUCGCUGUUCAUCAUGUGUGCACGAUUGUUUCCUUCCGGUCUGCAAACCUGGUGGCUGCAACUCUGGGAGCGAUCCUGAACCAGCUGCGGGAGAAUAAAGGGGUUGGCCGUCUGCGCACGACUGUCGGGGUUGACGGUUCCCUUUACAAGAUGCAUCCUCAGUACUCCAGGCGCUUGCACAAAACGGUGCGCCGCUUAGUGCCUGACUCAGAUGUGCGGUUCUUGCUCUCUGAGAGUGGCAGUGGCAAAGGUGCUGCCAUGGUGACAGCGGUCGCAUACAGGCUGGCUGAGCAGCAUCGGCUGAUCAACGAGACCCUGGCUGAGUUCAAGCUCACACAUGAGCAGCUGCUUCAGGUGAAGAAACGGAUGCGGAUCGAGAUUGAAGCCGGCCUCCGGAAGAAAUCACAUGACCACGCGAAAGUCAAAAUGCUGCCUACAUUUGUCCGCAGCACGCCGGAUGGGACAGAAAAUGGUGACUUCCUGGCUCUGGAUCUUGGAGGAACAAACUUCCGUGUUUUGCUUGUGAAGAUCCGAAGUGGUAAAAGGAGAAUGGUAGAAAUGCACAAUAAAAUAUAUGCAAUUCCUAUCGAGGUCAUGCAGGGUACCGGAGAAGAGCUGUUUGACCACAUCGUUUCCUGCAUCUCAGACUUCCUGGAUUAUAUGGGAAUAAAAGGUGCACGCCUCCCUCUGGGCUUUACGUUUUCUUUCCCUUGCAAACAGACAAGCUUAGAUGCUGGUAUCCUUCUGAAUUGGACCAAGGGCUUUAAGGCUACAGACUGUGAAGGCGAAGAUGUUGUUAAUUUGCUAAGGGAAGGAAUUAAAAGAAGAGAGGAAUUUGAUCUGGAUGUCGUGGCAGUCGUGAAUGAUACUGUUGGGACUAUGAUGACUUGUGCCUACGAAGAUCCCAAUUGUGAAAUUGGACUUAUUGUGGGAACUGGCAGCAAUGCAUGUUACAUGGAGGAAAUGAGAAAUAUAGAGAUGGUUGAGGGAGAACAAGGAAGAAUGUGCGUGAACAUGGAGUGGGGUGCCUUUGGGGACAACGGAUGCCUAGAUGACAUCAGGACGAUCUAUGACAAAACUGUUGAUGAAUACUCUUUAAACGCUGGCAAGCAAAGGUAUGAGAAGAUGAUUAGCGGAAUGUACCUGGGAGAAAUAGUCCGUAACAUUUUGAUUGACUUCACUAAAAGAGGGUUCCUCUUCAGAGGUCAAAUUUCAGAGACAUUGAAAACCAGGAGCAUUUUUGAAACAAAGUUCCUUUCACAGAUUGAAAGUGAUAGGUUAGCGCUGCUUCAGGUCCGUGCAAUCCUCCAGCAGCUUGGUCUGAAUGGUACCUGCGAUGACAGUAUCAUUGUCAAGACAGUGUGCGGAGCAGUGUCGAGAAGAGCGGCUCAGCUCUGCGGUGCUGGAAUGGCUGCUGUUGUGGAUAAAAUAAGGGAGAACAGGGGAUUAGAUCACCUGGAUAUAACAGUGGGCGUGGAUGGGACACUCUAUAAACUUCACCCACACUUUUCACGGAUCAUGCACCAAACUGUAAAAGACCUGGCACCCAAAUGUGAUGUGACAUUCCUUCUUUCCGAAGAUGGCAGCGGCAAAGGGGCAGCUCUCAUUACCGCGGUGGGAUGUAGACUCCGUGAUGCCGAGACGCAUAACUGAACUCUGCAGCGCUGGCCUAUGUUGCCUUCCGAGCACUUUCUUGUAAAGCAGCAGUUCUGCAGUCUGAACUGGCGGGGGAGAAGCCCAGGACUCACUGCUUUAAUUGAAAAGUUGGAGUUAAAAAUAAAAAAUUUAAAAAAAUAUAGGAUACUGAAUAGAGUGUGCUGUUGCUGGUAAUAUCUCCCACCUUUGAAACUCUCAUCUGCAUGUGUCUUUUUCUACCCUAUUUGGUACAUUCCCCAUGUAUCACUCAUUAAAAAAACCCCCACAGAGCUAUAAUUUAAACAGAUGUCCAAAGUAAGUUUAUUAUUUGAGGUCUAAAAUUACCACCACAAUGAUAUACAUGAACAAGAGCAGGUGGUACUUUGUGUCAAGUGUAUUCUUUCCAGUUGCUACUAUAUCCAUGUUAAAUAAAUAUACCACCAACGUUGCUGAAUAUGAGAUAAAUGCUUAUGCAAAGGGGAAUUAGCAGUUCCCGUCUGAAUUUUGAUUUUAACCUUCUUUUCACUCCCCACCCCACUUCAAACUUGGGAGUUCUCACAGCUGGCUGUUAGCACCAUGUGCUCAUGUGUCUCUCUGCAGCCACAUUUCCUUCCACAAAGUAAAUUGUGUCCGUAUUUAGUCAGGGAUGGUAAAUAAAGAAAUAAAUGUUUCCCCAUGUCUUAUAUCACUGGCAUUUCUCCAUUGCUUUGGUCAGUGGUGUUGUAUUUCAAGUAAAAUGUGUACUGUUUCAAAGGUCAGGCAGGUCUUUACUGAUAAAAUGAAGUCGGUGAUUUCGAUCAAGGGUAAUCCAAAUCUGUAGGCCAUGAGAAAUUUCCAGACUGCUACAUCUUUGCCUUGGAGUUGUUGUAUUCCAUAGAGCUGAGGACUGCCUUUUGUUUUCAUUUUAAAUAUAAGGUCCCUUCCUUUUCCUUUGUAUUCAGCUGAGAGGCAGUUUCAGUAUAUUAGGUUCAUGGGUAGAACUUCUGCAGCAACCCAGUGCCUGUAUGUGGAAGUAUUACAACAUGUGUAGGCAGCUGUCAAAAAAACUUAUUUUUUUGUCAGGCAUGUUUCUAGUAAAACUGAAUCAACACAGAACGAGUGAGAAUACUCAGCAUCUUGAGGCAGCUGCCAGAGUCUGGGUUCCCCCAACAGUGGUACUACCCCUGGCUUUCUUGCCUAGUCCAUUGCUUGUACGUUUAUGGCAACUGAGGCUGUGAAGUCAUCUGCCAUUUUGAUUUUCUCACAAUGCUUUAGAGCAUCUACCAUAACAUCGCUCAAGAACAGAGCGGAAGAGCUCUGUUACAACUCUAAACAGCCCCAGCCAGCACGGACAGUAGUAAAGUAUGAUGGGAGUUAGAAUAAUAAUAAAAAAAAUCUUAAGAACCACGUGUCCCUUCCUCUGCUUUUGAAUAUUAUGGGGGGAAUUAAAAUGGUGGAUGGCCUCCCCAAUAUGGUCACUGGUAUGUGGUGAUGGGGCUGCUCAGACAAGUACCUGACUUACUGGCAGGAGCUCCGCCCUACGGUGCUUUGCUGCUCAGCCCUUUAUAAGCUGCAAAUUAUGUUCUAUGGAGUGGUGCUCAUAACAAAAUGUAGAUGUAUGUGAGAAAUAUAGUACACUUUGCCUUCCAUUAACUGCAGUGGAAGUCAUUGAGGCAAAAUCAUAUUGAUUUUUAGUUGGAACUGCUGGAUUAGAAUGUUUAGGAAUUUUAUUUUUCCAUGUAGUUUUAAAAGUGAGGUUAAUGUCAGAAUCAGACUUCUAAAUAUAAAGCUAGCACACGUAAAUGGUUACACAAGGAUCUAUCUAACUUCAACGGACAAUCCUUCCAUUGGCACUGACUGGACUAGGCUGGGGGUACCAACACUGCCAGAGGGUAGCAGCGAACAAACCAGUUCAUAAAUGAGGAAACUCUAAUCCUUUGCCAACUCUUAACCAGCUUUGCAAUUCAAGCAACUGAGUAAAGGCUCUCUUAUUGUUUGGAACUGCAUAAAUGCCAAAUGACUGAGCUAGUCUUUUAAGAUUCGCCAGCAGCCUAUUAAUUAGCUAGUUUUACAAAUAAUAGCAACAGUAGCCUACAGCAGUUACUGUUCUUUCUGCUGUCCAAAUUACAACUUGAUAAUGUUCAUAGGAUCCAUCCCAUGACUGACAACAGUAACCCCAAAAACAGAGGGACAUCGGGGACGACCUGCAGACUCUUCCUUAUUUAUUCCUCAAGAUUUGGAUUGCCCUAGCUUCUAAUAAUCAUUUCCAAUACUCCUUUUGGUGCACUGUGAUAAAAUGUUGUGCAGUACCCUAUGAGUCACAAACAAUACGCUCAGCUUUAAGUGUGUAUGUGUGCGCGUGUGCGUGUGUGUGUCUUCCUGGAGAACUGCAUGGUUCCCUGGUUUUGCAAUGCUAGAGUCUUUUUACAUUGCUCACUAGUAGCAAUGAUACUAGUGCAAAGUGGAUAUUUGUGACAUUAAACCUUUUUUUGAUGUGCGUUU